AUGGAGGGGCCUCGCUCUGGGGGAACCGCCUUCAUGAUCACGGUAUCCCCUACGCCAGUUUCAGGGACGACAGUGUAUACUUUAGCGUUACGAACUACUUUUCAUAAUGUUUAUGGAGGGGACGGCGCGUACGCAGUCCCCACUACCAAAAAUUACGCGUCCGAGUUAUCCACAUUAGGGAUAAUCACAGAGGUCAACCCCGCCGCAGUGCAAUGGAGGGGCCUCGCUCUGGGGGAACCGCCUUCAUGA